CGGGCACCGAGCCGACAUGUCUUGCAUUAUUAAUUGUUGCUAGAUUGCGCGCUAUGUGAAUGUUGGUCAGAUCCGUUUGUUGCAACUUGGUCCGCCAUGCGUGAUCCGUUGCCUUGGUGCAUGUGUGUGCGUAUGUGCGCAAGCACGGCUUUCAAGCGUGAGUUUGUCUGGGAUGCGGGAAAGCCACGGAGCAUUUCAGAAUAUGUCAUUCGGGCGUUUUGGGUAACACAUUCGGGCUCAAGAUCUAUCUUUCUGUCGUCGCAGACCGUUGCCGCUCACUUCGCGCACCGAGACUGGCUUGGCCUGGCCCGCGAGAUCAUGGCCGCGAUGCCCCCAGUGUGGAGCGAACUGUUUACACAGGCGACCAAGAUGAAGGGCACCCACCUCAAGACCCUCAUGCAGGACCAGGCCCGCAAUGACUCCAUGUUUGUGAAAGCAGUCGGCGGCAUGGUUUUGGAUUAUUGCCGCGAGAAGGUCGACCAGGAAACCAUGGGCAAGCUGUUCGCGCUGGCGGAGAAGACAGGCGUCGAAGAGAAGAAAAAGAAGAUGUUCUCGGGAGUGAAGAUCAACGAGACGGAGGGACGCCCAGCGCUCCACGUCGCGCUCCGUGCGCCGCGAGAGGCCAAGAUCGAGGUCGAUGGCGCCAACGUCGUGACAGAUGUCUGGAAGGUGCUGGACGGCAUCAAGGACUUCUCCGAAAAGGUCCGCUCAGGCGAGUGGAAGGGCUUUACUGGCAAGCCGCUGACGGACGUCUUGUGCAUCGGGAUCGGCGGGUCGUAUUUGGGCGUGGAGUUCGUCUUCGAGGCCCUGAAGACAGACCCGGAGGCAGCAGCCGCCGCAACAGGCCGCCGCCUCCGCUUCCUGGCCAACGUCGACCCAAUCGACGUCAAGCGCGCACUGGAUGGGCUGAGUGCAGAGACCACGCUGGUGCUCGUCGUCUCCAAGACCUUCACGACGGCGGAGACCAUGUUGAACGCCAAGACGGUGAAGGCGUGGCUCAUCAAGGAGCUCGGAGACCCCGCCUGCGUCGCGAAGCACGUUGCGGCGUGCUCCACCGCGCUCGACAAGACUGCGGCGUUUGGCAUCGACUCGAACAACGUGUUCGGCUUCUGGGACUGGGUCGGUGGGCGCUUCUCGUGCUGGAGCGCCGUGGGCGCGCUGCCGCUCUCGCUCCAGUACGGCUUCCCCGUGAUGGAAAAGUUCCUGAAGGGCGCGCACGAGAUGGACAACCACUUCUUCUCGGCGCCGGCCGCGGAGAACCUCCCGCUGAUCAUGGGCCUGCUGAGCGUCUGGAACUGCAGCGUCCUGGGCUACGAGGGCCUCGCGGUGCUCCCGUACUGCCAGGCGCUGGUGCGCUUCGUCCCCCGGACAUCCAGCAGCUGGACAUGGAGAGCAACGGCAAGCGCGUGACCAUGAGCGGCGCCGAGGUGCCCGUGGGCACGGGUGCCAUCUAUUUCGGCGAGCCGGGCACGAACGGCCAGCACUCCUUCUACCAGCUUAUGCAUCAGGGUCGCGCCAUCCCCGCUGAGUUCAUCGGAUUCUCCACCUCACAGAACCCAGUGUCGUUGCCCGGAGAGCCUGUGAGUAACCACGACGAGUUGAUGUCUAACUUCUUCGCGCAGCCCGAUGCGCUGGCUCUUGGCAAGACAGCCGAGGAGCUGAAGGCUGAGGGUGUACCAGAUAACUUGAUCGCGCACAAGACUUUCCCCGGCGACAGGCCGUCGUUGUCGCUGCUGUUGCCUCUGUGCAACGCAACCUGGCUGGGCAAGCUGCUCGCCCUGUACGAGCACAGAACGGCUGUGCAAGGCUGGUGCUGGGACAUCAACUCUUUCGACCAGUGGGGCGUGCAGCUCGGCAAGGUGCUGGCCACCGAGGUGCGGAACUACCUCAAGGACGCCAGGGGCGGGGCCGGCGAUGAUUCGAAGUUCAUUGGUCCUACUAAGAACCUUCUCAAGAAGUACCUGGAGUAGGAGGAGGUGGCCCAGACGGGCACUGCGUCUACCGGCGUGUCCGAGGCUGGAGGCCUUCGUGCACGUCGCCCGCGCGCUGCCUUGUGAGAGGGGCCGAUCAGAGGUUUUCAUGCGGCACGUUUUGCUGCGGGCAGUAGGCGGUCAGGAGGAAUCGCAUGGAGGCGUCGAUGGAUUGACCGAGAAAAGGUGCCAGUAUGGACGAGUGCACAGGUUUCUGAGGUAUCUGAGGUCUCUGAGGACUCCUCCGUCUCGGAGGUCUCUUCCGUCUCUAACGUCUCCUCCAUCUCC